GUCGCAGGACUUGACCCCUCUGAUAAGGCUAUUCUGCCCUCAGUUACGUUUAUCGCAGCAGUGAGCGUGUUGUGUAUAGCUUUCUGUUCUUGGAACAGUCAAAACCCAGAAACUUUACGAGCUGCUGACAGCCGAGAGCGGACCAUGUGGCUGCCUUUGAUUGGGAUGACGGCCCUGCCGCACGUCGGAGGGAUCUACGGUGGUAUUGUUACACGCAGACAGGUGAAGACCUGGUACCCAACCCUAAAUAAGCCCUGGUGGCGCCCACCAAAUGCAGCGUUCCCAGUGGUGUGGACGUGUCUGUACACAGGCAUGGGGUACGGUUCUUACCUGAUCUGGAAAGAGCUCGGGGGUUUCACUGAGGAUGCACUGGUUCCACUGGGCCUGUAUGGACUGCAGCUAGCUCUAAACUGGGCCUGGACUCCAAUUUUCUUUGGUGCACACAAGAUAAAAUUGGCACUGAUUGAGAUUGUUCUUCUCACUGGGACUGUUGGAGCCACCAUGGUGUCUUGGUAUACCAUCAGCCGCACCGCCACUUUGCUCCUGGCGCCCUAUCUGUCCUGGCUGUGCCUCGCCACUUCCCUCAACUACUGCAUAUGGAGAGACAACCCCGAGACGAAAGAAGAAUAGGGGACUGUGUCUGUGCGCUUCACUUUUUCUUAUAAAUUCUUUACAAUAAAUGUUUAUAAAAUCCAGCUCAUAAUCAGUUAAACUUUUAGACUCUAUGAUUCAGCUGAUAUCAUUGUGUUAAGCUUGUCACGGACCAGUUUGUGCGUUCUUGUUUGAUAAAGCAGGACUUUUUUUUUUUGGGUUUUCAUAAACAUUUUAAGCCUGUCCUGCAGACCACUAUCUUUGCUGCAUUUUAAAACUUGACCAGUUUUGUUUUGUUUGUUUUAUGGGGACACAAAUCCACCUCUAACCUUAUUUUUAAUCAAUUUAUUAUUAAAAUGACCAGAUCAUUUCUUUAGGUAAAAAAUUGUAUUUGUAAUAUAAUCCAAACUAGUUUGUGU